GUACAAAUACACCGCCCCACAGAGCGCAGCCAUCAUUCGCUCGCCACUCGCCGUCGCGCUCAGUCUUGAGAAUUUCUACUGUCUACAUUUAACUUUUCGUUUCAACCAAAGACUACUAUUAUAUAUCUACUGGUUUCAACAUGAGUUUCAACGGAAACAUCACCCUGCAAGAUGAGGAGGUACAGGCCCUCAGCUCCAUAUACGGAGAUGAUUGGUCUGUGGAGAGCGAGGUAGCCCGGACGUACCGGGUGCGCAUCCGGGAGCUGGCUCACGUCGUGCUCCUCGUUGUCACCAUGUCUCCCGGGUACCCGGGCCAGGCGCCUCCGGAGUAUGAGCUCUCCGCCCCGUGGAUGGACCGGGCGGCCAAAAGUAAGCUCCACCAGAGUAUGGACGCAGUUUAUUUAGAGCAUAUUGGCCAGCCCACCAUCUACAACUGGGUGGAGAAAAUCCGGAGUUUCUUGCGAGCGAUGAAGCCUGCCAAGAAACAAGGAGCUAAACAAGUGUCGUCGUCGUCGCUGCCAGCAGCCCGCCCCUGCCCUCCCAUCACCCACGGGGAGGUCGUCACGGACAGGAAGAGCUCAUUCCAGGGGCACGCUGCUCAGGUCACCUGCGUCGAGGAAGUGCACGCCGUCUUGGCAAGCCUUAAAGCGAACAGGAAGAUCGCGAACGCAAAACAUAAUAUGUUUGCGUAUCGGAUCACCUGUUCGUCUGGCCAGGGCAGCGGCACGGUCCUGCAGGAAUGCAGCGACGACGGCGAGGCGCACGCGGGGGGCCGCAUGCUGCACCUCAUGGAGGUGAUGGACCAGCGGAACACGCUGGUCGUCGUCACCCGGUGGUAUGGCGGGAUCCACCUUGGACCGGAUCGGUUCCGCCAUAUCACCAACGCGACCCGGCAGGCGAUAGAGGUAGCCGGGUUAUUGAGGUGCAGCAGCAAAAAUAAUAACAAUAGUGGGAAAAGUAAAAAUAAUAAAAGUAAAAAAUGAAAGUUUUUUACCGUUAUUAUUUUUACUUUAGGUUAGUGUUUAUUUUUAAUUUAUAUUAUAGGGUA